UUUUAUAGUCUGUGGUGCUUUCUCUUAAUUUUUGUAAACAUAGAAAUUGUUGAUUUUCUCUUCUAAUAAUUAACUAUGCUCAGUACAAAUAAAUUAAAUAUGUGUCGAAUUUGCUUAGGGAACAAUUGUUCUAAAGAUGCCGCAACAUUGCGCUAUGACGAGCGGUAUAGCUACGCUGAAGUUAUCAUGUUUUGUUUGAAGGUCCAAAUCUGUACUGAUUCCAAAAUCACAACACAACUUUGCAUGACAUGUUUUAGAAAAAUAAACUCAUUCUACAAAUUCAAACAGUUAGCUCAGACAAGUGAUAAGUAUUUGAAGGAUUUGCAAAAACAGCAAAUGAUUAGUAAAGAACAUAUUCAAGAUGGGUUGAAGGUAGAAGAAAUUAAAACUGAAAAUGACACUGAGGGAAUAGUUGAGCAUGCCGUGGUCAAGUUAGAAUUCCCAGAUAGUAAUAACUUAAAAAAAGAAGACCUGCAGGACAUGGACAGUAAUGCUCUGGACUCUGAUGAUGAGUGUUUAAUGGCAAUUAAGCAACAAAAGUUGGCAAAGAAAAUUGAACAAAGUAUUAAUGAUAGUGAUGCAGUUAAAACCAACAGAGGAAGGAGGAAAAAGCCUAAACUCUUGGAUAAAGAGAAAAAUAAACAAGUUUGCCAUGAGUGUGGCAAGACUGUGCAGAACCUCCAUCAACAUUCACGUAAGCACCGGUCAAAGACCAAGGUAUUCCCCUGCGAAUUAUGUCCAAAAGUUUUUAAUUAUGCUAACAACAGAAAAAAGCAUAUCACAAGGACACAUCUUGGAAUCAAGCAGGAGUGUGACAUUUGUCAUAAAAAAGUAGUAGCUUUAAACUCUCACAAGCUGGUAAUGCACAAUCGUGAGGCUCUGAAGUUUGCAUGCACAAUCUGUGAUCACCGAGUGUCAACACAGCUGCACCUGGAGAAACACCUGCAGACGCACAGCAACGAGAGGCCGUAUGAGUGCCACCUCUGUGACGGGAAAUACAAGACUAAUGUUCAGCUGACCUUGCAUAAACGUGAAGUUCAUGAUAAGGAGAAGAGGCACUUGUGCCAGUAUUGCUCAAAAGGCUACUUCAAGAAGUCCCGCUUACAGGAACAUUUGAGGUCCCACACCAAUGAGUCUCCAUACGAGUGUCCCGAGUGCGGCACGCGGCACCGCACCAAGCAGACCCUGGGCCAGCACCUCCUGAGGCACAGCGGGGUCAAGGCGCAGCACUGCAAGCUCUGCCCCAAGAGCUUCUAUACAGCCGGGGGGCUGUCGGCGCACAUGAUAAAACACUCGCAGUCCAGAACGCACAAGUGUAGCUUCUGCGAGAUGUCAUUCAAACGCUCCGACAACCGCAAGGUCCACGAACGCAAGGUGCAUCUGCACCACCUCGCCACGGAGCCGAGGGACUCUUGAGUCUUGACGUGUGGGGAGAUAGCGUAGCCAGAGAAGAAGAAUACUGUGUGCGAAACACGUUGUCGGCUCGAGUCGAUAGCAUAAUUUGAUAUCAAUUUGUAUCAGCGCUCCUGUCGGUAGCCUGAAACUAAUGAAACGCAUACAAAAUGCAGUGACCGGCGGCCUACCGAAUUACUACCGACUGUGUUCGAGCUGUAG